AAAUAAUAAAAAACAGCUGUAAUUAUUAUAGAGACGAAGAAAUGCCACCACGACGUCGUUUUGUACAUUUGGGUUGCUUUUUGAGACAGAUGUAAAUGUCUCAUGCAACACACGAAUUGGUCUUAUGCCACGUUCGUCAUCUCCCGAGUGUUUACUGCAACUCCUCCAACGCUUCCUCAAACACCCAAACCAAAUCAACCAAAUCCAUUCCCGCCUUAUCUCCCACGGUCAUCUCCUCCACAGCCCAAACCCUAGCUCAGCUUCAAAAUGGAUGACGACCCUCCUUUACAACACUUUGAUCAGAGCCCAUCUCGGUUUCAGCCAAGCCCACAAGCCUUUCCUCCUCUUCGCCCACAUGCUUGCCCACCAAGCCCCGCCCAACAGCCACACCUUCCCUCCGCUUAUCAAAGCCGCCUCUGCCUCCUCCUCCCCGAAUUUGGGCGCGCCCCUUCAUACCCAAGUUGUGAAACGGGGCGUUCUGCAUGACUCAUUUAUACAAACCUCGCUUGUUAGCUUCUAUGCUCAGUUUGGUAUUUUGUGUGAUGCUCGCAAGGUGUUUGAGGAAAUUUCUGAACCGUGUGUUGUGGCGUACAAUGCGAUGAUUGAUGGGUUUGGGAAGAAUGGGGAUAUGGGUUUGGCUGUUUCGCUCUUUCAAAGCAUGCCCAAGAGGGACGUGGUUUCGUGGACAAGUGUUAUUAAUGGGUUCGGGAGAAAUGGGAGUUUCAGUGAGGGGAUUCAGUUUUUUAAGAUGAUGGUGCAUGAGGAUUUGAUGGGUUGUUUUGUAAAGCCAAAUGAAGCUACUUAUGUUACUGUGCUUUCUUCAUGUGCUAAUUUGGAUGGGUGGGGAUCCCUUUAUUGGGGAAAGCAAAUACAUGGGUAUGUUACUAGAAAAGAGAUUGAAUUGACUGCAUUUCUGGGGACUGCAUUGAUAGAUUUUUAUGGGAAGAUGGGUUACGUGAGAAGUGCCGCAAAUGUUUUCAAGAAGAUGGUAGUCACAGAAGUUUGUACUUGGAAUGCAAUGAUUUCAGCUCUGUCUUUGAAUGGUGAGGAGCGGGAGGCUUUGGACUUGUUUGAAAAAAUGAAGAGAGAAAGGUUGCAGCCUAAUGCAGUUACAUUUGUCGCAGUUCUUACAGCUUGUGCUCGUGGAAAGCUGGUGAAUUUUGGUCUGGAGUUGUUUAGAUCAAUGUCCAAUGACUUUGGGGUUGAACCAAUAAUGGAACACUACGGGUGUGUGGUUGACCUCCUGGGCAGAGCAGGCCUAUUUUUGGAGGCAACUGAGCUUAUCAAGAGCAUGCCUUUUGAGCCUGAUUCUUCUGUAUUGGGGGCUCUUUUGGGUUCUUGUAAGAUUCAUGGGACCCCCGAGCUGGGAAAUAAAGUUGGGCAGAAACUGCUUGAGUUGCAGCCACAACAUUGUGGACGAUACGUGGUUUUGUCAAGCAUUAAUGCUGGGACGGAGAGAUGGGAUCGUGCUGCUGCUGUGAGGCAAGCAAUGGUGCAUGCUGGAAUUCGGAAAAUUCCAGCCUACAGUGUAAUUGAUGUAAAGUAGAAUUCAUAGCUACAUAACAUAAUCUUUAUGAUUUAGAAGUUCACAAGAGUA